AUGAGCUUCCUCUCGCCGGAGCAAAGCUCUAGUCCCAGGGCCACAUCGCCAAACCCGAGGAGUCCGCGAUCGCCGGGCCGCUCGCCUGCCCCGUCUCCCCGCCUCGGGCCUCCGCCGAAGAAGGACUUCUCCUUCCUGCUGAGGCCUGAGAUAUAUCACACCCUGAGUCCCACCACGAUCCCGCAGCCGUUUCGGGACUCGCCCCAUCAGCCGGAUCCGGAAGCGCCGAUCGCUGAUCUUGUCGCCCGUGGCCACUACCGCGCCGCCGCCGUGGCCGCUGUGCAGCAGCUGACAGGCACCGCCGGCCACACGCCUCCCAGCCCCGAAGACCAUGUCCGCAUCUUCUCGUUGCUUCACACCCGCCUCGCCUGUCUGACCCUCAUCGAGGCCACCAACAUCGCCGCUCAAGAGGUUAAGGCCCUCGAGGACGUGCAGUCCCCUUUCUACCUCGCCAACACCGUCCCCACCACGGCACCCUCCAUCAUCGCCUCUCCCACCACAUCAAUCGGCUUGGGCAUCGACGCCAUCGCCGCCGGGCCGCCGCCGCACAGCCCAAGCCCCAGCUUCCUGGCGGCCCAGCAGCAGGACCCACCAGACCACCUGGUCCCCUGGGAGCUGCGCGUGCUGGCCGUGCGCCUGCAGUCGCUCGGCUUCGGCGACCCACGCCGCUCCGUCAUGAGCUACUAUGAGCUGGCCCGCGAGGCCCGCGCAAGGCUGGCGCGCGCGACGGCCAACCACGACAACUCGGCCCGCGAGCUGUGGCGCGGCCGCCUGGCUGAGCUGGGCCUCCGCGUCGCCGGAGCCCUCGUCGAGAUGGACGACCUGUCCGGCGCGGCGGCUCACCUCGCCUCGCUGCCGGUGGUCCAGAACGGCACCAGCAGGCUGGCUACCGCGCGCGCGCUGCUGUGGCUGCACCUGGGGGACGUCGAUGCGGCCCGUGCCUGCGUGAACGCAGGCAGGGAAGGCGGCCCCUCCUUCGCGCCCGACUCCUCUAGGGACAAGGUCAUCUCGGCCCUCUGCGACAUGGCCGACGGAGACUACGAAUCCGCUCUCGCGACCUGGACGGAUUUGCGCGAGGAGCUGCCACGCGACGAGAUGGUGGGCGUCAACACGGCCGUCUGUCUCCUUUACGUCGGGCGGAUGGAGCAGGGCCGAGCGAUCCUGGAGGAAAUGGUUGACUCUGGCCACUCGUCCCACACGCUCCUGUUCAACCUCACGACCAUGUACGAGCUUUGUACGGAGCGAGCCAAGGACGAGAAGCAGCGUCUGGCUGAGCGUGUGGCCGCCUUGGAACCGAGCCUCAAGGGCUGGGAGAAGACGAAUGCGGACUUUAAACUUUAA